UGGCCCCGAGUGUGACUGGUUUCCGGCCGGCGGUGCCGCGCCAGCUGCCCGGAGACGUGUAACGGACGGUGGGCUGUAGCCAUGACCGAGAGGAAACCUAACGGUGGCGGCGGGGCCGCCUCCACCUCUUCGUCGGGCACUAACUUACUCUUCUCCUCCUCGGCCACGGAGUUCAGCUUCAACGUGCCAUUCAUCCCAGUCACUCAAGCCGCCGCUGCCUCGGCCUCCUUGCUCUUGCCCGGAGAGGAUUCCACGGAUGUUGGUGAGGAGGACAGCUUCCUUGGUCAGACUUCUGCUCACAUGUCUACCCCACAGACAUUUAGUUACUUCUCUCAGGUAUCGAGCAGUAGUGAUCCUUUUGGGAAUAUUGGACAGUCACCGUUAACAACUACAGCAACAUCGGCUGGACAAUCAGCAUUCUCCAAGUCCCCAACUGCUCUCCCUUUUACAACGGGAUCCCAAGAUAUGUCAAAUGCAUUUUCACCAUCUGUUUCGAAGGCUCAAUAUGGUGCUCCACCUUGUUCACAGAUAGGAAUAAAUACUUAUCUGCCUUCUCAGCCAAGUAGUCUCCCGCCUUCAAGUUUUGGGAGCCCACCCCAAGGAACACCCCAACAAGGAUACAAUCCAUAUCGCCAUACCCCUGUAAGCAGCAGGGCUAAUCCUUAUAUUGCACCACCACAGCUGCAACAGUGCCAUACACCAGGCCAUCCCACUCAUCCUCCGCCCUCUGGACCCCCUGUUCAGAUGUACCAGAUGCCUCCAGGAUCAUUGCCACCGAUUCCUCCUGCAGUGCAGUCGGGGCUGCCCCCUCCAACCCAGCAGCAGACACUUGCUAGACCUGUGGCUCCCUCUGUGCAAGCGCCACCUCCUUUUUUACUUCAAAACCAAUAUGAACCUGUUCAACCCCACUGGUUUUACUGCAAGGAGGUGGAAUACAAACAACUAUGGAUGCCUUUCAGUGUGUUUGACUCUUUAAAUCUUGAAGAAAUCUAUAAUUCAGUCCAGCCAGACCCUGAGAGUGUGGUUCUUGGCACGGAUGGAGGGCGCUACGACGUUUACCUCUAUGACCGAAUGAGGAAAGCUGUGUACUGGGAAGAGGAGCCAGCUGAAGUGAGACGCUGUACUUGGUUUUACAAAGGGGACACGGAUAGCAGAUUUAUUCCCUACACAGAGGAGUUCAGUGAAAAACUAGAGGCUGAAUAUAAAAAAGCUGUAACCACCAAUCAAUGGCACCGUAGAUUAGAGUUUCCAAGUGGAGAGACAAUUGUUAUGCACAAUCCAAAGGUUAUUGUUCAGUUCCAGCCUUCAUCAGUGCCAGAUGAAUGGGGAACCACACAAGAUGGACAGACAAGGCCCAGGGUUGUAAAGCGUGGAAUUGAUGAUAACCUUGAUGAAAUUCCUGAUGGGGAAAUGCCUCAGGUUGACCAUUUGGUGUUCAUGGUACAUGGCAUUGGACCUGUGUGUGACUUGCGCUUUAGAAGCAUUAUUGAAUGUGUGGAUGAUUUUAGGGUGGUUUCUCUCAAAUUGCUGCAGACGCAUUUCAAGAAAGCUUUAGAUGAUCGGAAAGUAAGCAGAGUGGAGUUCCUUCCAGUUCAUUGGCAUAGUUCCCUAGGUGGGGAUGCCACAGGUGUUGACAGGAAUAUUAAGAAAAUCACUUUACCAAGUAUUGGUCGGUUUCGUCACUUUACCAAUGAAACCUUGCUAGAUAUUUUAUUUUACAAUAGCCCCACCUACUGUCAGAGGAUUGUGGAAAAAGUAGGAAUGGAGAUAAACCGUCUGCUUGCACUCUUUAUGAGUCGGAACCCAGACUUCAAAGGAGGGAUCUCUGUUGCUGGUCACAGUUUAGGUUCUUUAAUAUUGUUUGACAUCCUGUCUAAUCAAAAAGAUUUGAAUUUAUCAAAGUCUCCUGGGCCUUUUGCUGUUGCUAAUGGAGUUGUGAAGCAGCCACAUUUUCAGGAAAAGCAGAUGCCUGAAGAGCCAAAGCUGACUUUGGAUGAGUCUUGUGAUCUUGACGUUGAAAAUGAAGAAGUCCUAACUUUGCAAGAAACUCUGGAAGGACUUAGCCUCUCUGAAUACUUUAGCACUUUUGAAAAGGAAAAGAUUGAUAUGGAAUCUCUGCUUAUGUGUACAGUUGAUGACCUGAAGGAAAUGGGCAUACCCCUUGGACCCAGAAAGAAGAUAGCUAACUUCGUAAAACAUAAAGCGAUUAAACUGGAACAGAAAAAAGCAGCAUCAGAAAAGAAGGCAGUGAUGGCCGCUUCUGUGAAAGGACAAGAGGAAAGUGCUCAGAAAGCUAAAGAAAUGGCUUCUCUCCCCUCAGAAUCUAGUGAGUCCAAGAGGAAACUGCCAGUUGGUGCUUCUGUUUCUUCUGUGCGUGUUGAUUAUGAGUCUUUUGAAGUUGGCACUGGACAGGUGUCUAUUAUUUACAGCUCAUUAGACUUUGAACCAGAGAUUUUCUUUGCCUUGGGGUCUCCAAUUGGUAUGUUUCUGACUAUUCGAGGAGUGGACAGGAUAGAUGAGAACUACAGGCUUCCCACCUGUAAAGGGUUCUUCAAUAUUUAUCAUCCACUUGAUCCAGUGGCCUAUAGAUUAGAACCUAUGAUUGUUCCAGAUUUGGAUCUAAAAGCAGUUCUCAUUCCACAUCACAAAGGCAGAAAAAGACUUCAUUUAGAGUUGAAAGAAAGUCUCUCGCGUAUGGGAUCUGAUUUGAAGCAGGGCUUCAUUAGCUCUCUGAAAAGUGCUUGGCAGACGUUGCAUGAGUUUGCCCGUGCUCAUACCUCUUCACCUCAGUUGCAAGAAGAGUUAGAGAAGGUAGCCAGUCAGAUCAGAGAAGAAGAAGAAAAGCGAGUAGUUGAAGCAGAAAAGAUUGUUGAAAGUCCAGAUUUUUCCAAGGAUGAGGACUACUUAGGAAAGGUUGGAAUGCUAAACGGAGGCCGUCGAAUUGACUACGUUCUUCAAGAAAAGCCAAUAGAGAGUUUUAAUGAAUAUCUUUUUGCUCUUCAGAGUCACUUAUGCUAUUGGGAAUCUGAAGAUACUGCCCUGUUAUUACUUAAAGAAAUUUAUCGAACAAUGAACAUUAGUCCAGAACAGCCCCAGCAUUGAUUGGACUUCAGUUUCACUCUAAAGUUGCAGUAUAAAUUACAUUGCUGAGAAGAUCCCCAGAGGACAUUCCCAGCUUGCUCCUGUGAUGGGUCACAGAGUAUUGAUUCAUCGACAGUUGCUGAGAUGUAAUUCUCAGAUGUAGGGAUUCAUUUGAAAGAAAACAUACUGAACAAAAAGA